UUCUAUUGUACUACAUUACAGAACACACUGUUACUGGAGCAGAAAAAUACACUGGAUCUACGUGUACGAAAACUAAUGGAAGAAAGUGCAACCCGACAGAGCACAAUAGAAAUGUUACAAGAAAGCAUCGCUCUGCUGAAGAGACAUCAAUAUGAGAAGGAACUACAGCUGUCUCAGGUAAAGAAGGAACUGCAGGAGGCACGGACAUCGAACCACGAGGCGCAGCAGAAGCUGAGAAACAUGAACGAUGUGAUCAGACUGCAGGAGGUGAAGCCUUCUAGUACAUCGCUUUUGUCUGAAAUUCGACAGACAGUGGAAGGAGGCUCUGCUUUAGCAACUCAGAUGGCAGAUCAUACGGUACCAAGCCAUCUGCAGAUGGAGAGCCUUACUAAUCAUGGACAUCCACAAGGGAAUCCUGAAGGACAUGUACAGGUACCUGAGGAACACACAGAACACCUUCAGUCAAUGGAGAGUGACAGGGAGUCUGUAAAGACCAUCUCAAGUCUCACAGCAAAAGAACGGGAUGUCCUGAAGGAAAAAGAAGACCAAAUCUUUAAACUGCAAGAUGAGGUAGCUCUGCAGCAAGUUGAGAUCAAGAACUGGAAGGAGGAAGUGGAGAACCUACAGAACCUUCUUCAGGAGAGCGACAUGGAAGAAAGUCUGAAACAGGCCAUAACAGAUCGCAAUGAAGCUGUAAUGAAGAAAAAUCAAAUGGAACUGGAAGUCACAAAGUCCUUGCAAGAGCGAGAAUCCAUGAAACGCCAGUUGCUUGACACAAUCCAAAAGAAGGUGGAGCUCUCACAAGAACUGGAAGAAUGGCAGGAAGAUAUGCAGAUAGUCAUCAGUCAACAGCUGAAAACACAACACAAACAGGAGCAGGAAACAGCAGAGGAGAGCUCAUUGCGCAGAAGCAACUCCACACAUAGACGCUCAUUCCGCAGUAAACAACACAACUCAGUCAACUCUGAUGCCAAGGGAUUUUUCUCCUCCUUGUUCAGAAAGAGCUCGUGAUACAGAGAUUGUAGAGUCACAAAAUAUGAAAACAAGUAGGAGCGGUGCAUUCAUGUGUCUGUGUGCACUUAACAAUAGCAUUAAGCACAUGAAUUUGUGCGCACUUAACAAUAGCAUUAAGCACAUGAAUUUGGGCAGGACAAACCAACAGACUCCCCUCAGGAUAUAUGAAAAAUUCUGUUUAGAAAUGUCCAUUGAUUUACUUUAACUUUCCAAAGAGCUGAAUUUCCUGCAGUUUCAGAAUGUGAAAACUUACAAUCAUGGUUGUCGGCUGCAGGCAUGACAUUACUUUGUGUGCAUUUCAUGUUAUACAACAUUGUUUACUCUGCAGGAUUAUUAAGUGCCUCUGAAAAUGUCUAUCACACAAUGUACACUAGUUUAGGUAGCUGGAUAAACAUCUUAAUCCACUUCCUACAUUGAUGGUAAAUUUAUUCUGGUAUAUAAGUACAGGUACACAGGUGCAUAUAAACAAUGCAAGUACACUGCUACAGGUACUCUCAUACAGGUGCAUUGCUACAGUAAAUAGACAUGGAGAGAUGUAUAUAUAUAUAUAUAUAUAUAUACAGUAUACACAUGCACACACACACACACACACACACACACACACACACACACACACACGCGUAUGCACACACAAGCACACACAUGCACAUGCACACCAUUGUCAGUGGAAAAACAGAUAGCACACUUGCCUCUGCUGUGUGUGUGUGUGUGUGUGUGUGUGUGUGUGUGUGUGUAUAUAUAUAUAUAUAUAUAUAUAUAUCUACUGUAUAUACACACACACACACACACACACACACACACACAAUUGUAUUAGCUAACAAUGAACGAAAUCCUGAACAUUACAAUCACCAUAAGAUAAUGCCCCAAAUCGGGGAUAAAUUUAAAUAUUACUGUAAUUCACAUAAAAAGUUAAUAGAACAACAGAUUUUAAAGUGACAUGCAAAUUUCUUAACAAUAAGAGGUACUGCAUUCUAUGAAUGGCAUUGUUUACUCGCUAUAAUCCUCAGAAAUUAACCAGAAAAUCAAAACUUUUGUGUGUUACAUGGCAAAACAAGACGCAAAAUGAAGCACAUUCUGUAAAAUUCUGGUCAACUGAGAAAUAUGGUACUACUGUAAAUAAAACUUCUGCUCUGCA